AUGCAGUUGGUUUUCCUGCUGUUGUCGUCUGCUGUCUGGUCCAGCACGCAAGCUUGUUCCGGUAUUGCGAAGGUGGAGGUCAUCGCACUGCUCCCCUCUACAGCCUAUCGAGAUGAUACACUGCCAACGAUUUGUGACAGGAUCAGAAAUGAUCACACUUGCGAACACCACAGCGUUAUAAUCUUCGAAUGUCAUGACAAGUACUCGGCAAACAUUUACGAUGAUUUCGUGUUCAAUGCCAAUCUAACGGUGGUCACGCAACAAGCGCCAUCCCAAUACAAUAUGGACGUAAUACAAUGGCAAACCAAUCACAACCUUAUGGAGUCACUUGGGAAGAUAUCGUGGGCACAAUCAAUUGUCAGCUAUCCAGGAACAAGCCACAGAUGUGAUGGAAGGAUGAAAUCUGGCAACGCAAUCCGAAUGCGAUUCCGGAUGGUCGGAGAAUAUUCUGAAAAUCCGUGUAGCAUGUUGUACAGUCGAGCUGUUGCUGGUUUUGUUACGGAACUCUGUCAAUACGUUCGCGUGUUUGGCAAUUCUGUGAUAACCAAACACAAGCUUGCAGAGUAUGAUAUAAUUGGGAAAAUGUCGGAGAAGUUGACGCAAAUAAGUUUUGACUACGCUGCUUUGCGUUUUCUCAGUGAGAUUAACGCGCGUUACAAACGCAGCUACUUCAACGGAUACUGGACCGUCUGCUGAUAGGCUUGCAACCGAUGGAGGACAGAUCGCAUCAUUCUGACUUGUUCCUUUUUCCACUAUCUG